CCGCCCACAUGGACGCCGUACGCCGACAACUGGGCUUGGAAGACAGCGUCGUCGGCGGAGGCGACAUGGGCUCCGAACGGGGUCGCAGUGGCUUCCCGCUGGACAUGAACAUGUACGCGACGCGCAAGACCCUGGCGCAGGGCAUGCUCGACCUGGCGCUGCUGUCGUCCAACGCCUGCCAGCUGCGGCGCGUGCUGUCAGCGCCGCCGGGACAGCGAUACCACGGCACGUGCGUCGCCUUCCUCGCCCUCUCCAUCUCCUUCCAGCUGCUUGCGGGCCUUAUGCUGGUGCUGCUUGGCCGCUGGAACAUCAACUGUCCUUGGGAGCAGCGCAAGGCCGACAUGCUGAACAACGUGGUCGUGCUGCUCACCUUCCUCAUCAGCGUCGUCAACGUGCUGCUCUCUGCGUUCGCGCCAGACUCGCUGUUGGGUGACCACGGCGUGCACCACCAGCACACCAGCGGGGAAUGGGCAGCGCAGCGCCAUUGACCCGUUGCAUAGACGAUAUUUAUAUGCCCUUUGACGGCUCUGCCGUGCUGGCUUUAAAAUAACAUUGUAACUGUUUUUCCUACACACUCAGCAGGUAAACAAAAUUGUCGAACACACAGCAUCUUUUCCAUACCGCGUGCACACCUCUUCGGCACUUCGAAAAGCGGAGUGCAUCGGGAGAAGUGUAUUUUCAAACAUGUGCGGCUAAGACGACGC